ACGAAGGACCGCACAAGGGUUAAUAAUUUACAAAAGCAUAAUGGUUGAAUCAAGAACUCCAAAACUGCCGCCAGCCUGCGAUCAAAAAACAAAACACUUCCUGUGAGUCACGCCUGAAUCAAUUAAUUGACAGCUUCCAAUGUCCUUCAACCAGUGUCCCGCAGCUCCAUUCAGGCGAACUAUGAGAGGACUCAUGACUCAUGUAUCAUCAUCAAUGUCCACGUCUAUCCAUCUGUUGGCUUAAUCUAUUUAACUGUGUCCACCUGUUUUAAACAGUCACCCAUCCAUUUGUACAGAUAUUCAUCCCUCCAUACAUGUAUCUGUCUUCGUUUUACCUCUUUGGUAAAUUGUUUUGCAUUUUGCAUUUUGCAUUUUAUAAAAUCAACAUCUCUCUAAAACUGUCAACGAGCGGGUAUGUUGCUCUUCCUGUCUGUCACGUACAUUUCUAUGCGCGGCGUCGGCGUUGCCAUGGUGAAGGACAUUAGAGUCGAUACAUUGACGUCAACGCCGCGGGUGAACAAAAAUCCUCGGAUCAACAGAUAGAAGUAAACGAAGGGUUUUUGUUUGAUCACUGUUUUCGACAUAACCGAUAUCAGCUGCUCAGUGUGAGCUCAGGUACAGAUGUGUGAGGGACCUUCAUCAAUAUCUGGGCCGAUUCCCCCGGAUCCUUCUCUGAUUCCUCAGGAUUACAGACGACCAGUUUCAGCUCGUGGACGUUUAGAGGGAAACCAUAACGGUACUUGGACUCUGCUCUCUGGGCCACUCGCUCCAGAUCCAGUCUUGUACCCUGGCUACUACAGUGCACGAACCCCGGCACCACCUCCUCGUAUCGGACCUAAUGCUACCCAUAUUUUGGAACGGGGACAAAGAGGGGUUGUGGGGCAACUACUAAAACUAGAUGGUGUUUCGUUUGCCCCCAUUCCCAAACCCAAGCCAAAGGUGUACGAUUUCAGUAAAGAGAAUGUGCGUCGUCUCAGAGAGAUCCAGAGACGGUACAAAGAGCAGGAGGCUCACAGAGCACAGUCUCGUCCAGUUCCAGUCAAAGCUCUUUGGACCUCACCCAAAUAUGAGAAGGUACCAUCCAGGGUCACUGCCCACCUCCAGAUGUCCAGUCCAACAGUCAAACCACAGUGUAAAGGUUUUCUAAAGGCACACUCAAACAGUGGAUCCACUAGCACACCCAGACCUCGAUCUGCUUCCUGUGUACCUGCACAAGACCCAGAUUUAAGAUUAGAGAUUGAAGGUCACACCAUUGACUUCAUCAGGCACAAUGCCAGAGCUGCGGGAAAAGCUGGUCUGCGUCGAUCUCAGUCUCUGACCAAUCUGAGAGACAAACCUGUACCAAGUGCAGUAAAGGGACAGGUGCCUCAGUAUCUGGAGGAAAGGAAGGAACAGUGGCGUCGAGAGGCGGAGGAAAGGAGGAAGAAUGCGCCUGAUCCUACAAUCCCAUCUGGACACACGAUGAUGUCAGAGAGUGAGAGGCAGGAGACACUGAAGUCCUUGAAAGAAACCCAUCGUUCUCUGGUGACCGAGCUGCUGUCAAUUCCUCUCAAAGCUGACAAUCUGAGUGUUCGCUCACGCCGCGCUCAUCUUGACUGUAGGCUUUCGGAAAUUGAAGAAGCCAUUAAAAUCUUCUCAAGGGACAAAGUUUACGUAAAAAUUGACUCCUAACACGUGAGAAAGCAGCAAAGGUGAGGGACAUCUACUGUCAAACAUUAAAGACCAAGACGAGGAAGAAAGAGAAUGAAGAUAAUUGGUCCUGUGGUUCUUUUUUUUUUUAAUGUUUUUGUUCUGGUUAAUGUAAAACAAACUAUCACUGUACAUAAUCCAGUGUUCUACUGAAAUUUGUUUUCAUUUUUUUCAGAAGCCUCAUGAAACAAUGCAUGCUUGUCAUUAUAAACCUGUUUUAAUUUUAUCUGGUUCAAACUACAUAUGCUAUCUAGAUUUUAUUAACUGCAAAAACAUGAUGUUUGUGUGUCAUUAAUAAAAUAAAUGUAAAUUUGAAAAAAGAUCAAUGUAUAAUAUAUUUAUUAAUCAACAUUUGUGUCAUCAACAAAAUCCACGAUUGGACAUGGACAACGUGCAUAGAGAAGAAAAAGUCUUUAAUGAAUCUCAUUGGUUCUUCGCGACUCUAUGACGUAAGACGUACGUCCCUCCCCCUUGCGUCUUAUUCAUUGUUCAGUGUGGUACAGUCAAUGUGCUAACGCUAACUUAGAUUACAACAUAUUCGAACAAAGAUCUCGGGUAGUAACUAAUAUUUAGAAUUUAAUUAAUUAG